AUGGGAGCAGAUGACAUUCUACGCUUUAAAGGUAGGGUGUGCGGGCUUGGGGGACCCUUAUUCAGGAGGCAGAUUCUGAAGGAAAGUCAUCAAAGUCGUCUUAGCAUACACCCCGGUAUGACUAAGAUGUACAAGGAUUUGAAGGAGUCCUUCUGGUGGAAUGAGAUGAAAUCAGAUGUAGCAGACUUUGUUGCUCAAUGUUUGAAGUGGUCAAUGGACAAACUAGCAGAAUUGUAUGUGAGAGAAGUGGUGAGAUUACAUGGAGUACCCGAUAGCAUAGUGUCAGACCGGGACCCUAGAUUCACAUCACGAUUCUGGCAAUCUUUGCAAGUUGCAUUGGGUACACAGUUGCGAAUGAGCUCGGCUUAUCUAUUGAGGUCUUGUGUGCUAGACCACUUGGGAAACUAG